AUGGUUAUCAAUCGCAACCAGCCAUGCUACGUCCUCGGCGUGGGCAUGACCAAAUUUAUCAAGCCAAGGGGAAAAGUCGAUUACACUGAACUCGGGUAUGAGGCAGGCGUCAAGGCUAUGCUCGAUGCCCAAAUCAACUACGACGAUGUUGACCAAGGUGUGGCAUGCUAUUGCUACGGCGACUCGACCUGCGGACAGCGAGUCUUCUAUCAAUUUGGCAUGACCCAAAUCCCCAUCUAUAAUGUAAACAACAACUGCUCAACUGGCUCCACCGGCCUGCACAUGGCGCGAAAUAUUAUCAGUCAUGGAGGUGCUGAUUGCAUGCUCGUAGUCGGCUUUGAGAAGAUGAUGCCGGGAAGUCUGCAGAGCCACUGGAGCGACAGGGCCAACCCGACUGGUACCACUGGGCAAAUGAUGGUGGAAACUCGCGGUAUCACAAAUGCCCCAGGAGCUGCCCAAAUGUUUGGCAAUGCUGGUCGGGAAUACAUGGAGAAGUACGGUGCCAAAGCAGAAGACUUCGCCGAAAUUUCCCGCGUGAAUCACGAACACUCCCAACGGAACCCAUACUCGCAAUUCAAAGAUGUCUAUACUCUCGAGCAAAUCCUACAAUCGCCCAUGAUCCAUGAACCCCUCACCAAGCUCCAAUGCUGUCCCACCUCCGACGGAGGCGCCGCCGCCGUUCUAGUCUCGCAAGAUUUCCUCGAUGCCAGACCCCACCUUAAAGACCAAGCUAUCCUGAUUGCAGGCCAGUGUAUGGCAACCGACGCACCUUCUCUAUUUUCAAAAUCCGCCAUCGACCUUAUGGGAUUUGAGAUGACUAAGUAUGCUGCCAAUAUAGCAAUGCAGGAAGCCGGCGUUACUCCUGAUGAUGUGAAUGUCUGCGAAUUACACGACUGCUUCUCGGCCAACGAGAUGAUCGUCAUCGACGCCCUUGGACUGAGUCCGCCUGGAAAGGCCCAUGAGCUCGUCCGAAAAGGAGAUAUUACCUAUGGUGGAAAGUAUGUCAUCAACCCCUCUGGUGGCCUAAUCUCCAAAGGCCAUCCUCUCGGCGCGUCCGGUAUCGCGCAAUGCGCAGAACUUGUCUGGCAUUUACGAGGAUGGGCAAAUAACCGCCUGAUUCAAAAUACCAAAGUUGCCCUACAACAUAACCUGGGUCUUGGUGGUGCCGUCGUUGUCACUGUAUAUAAGCGCGCAGACGGACAGCCUGCAAAGGAGGUUGGCUCCGCAGAGGUGGGCAAGAGGAAUAAAUUGGGAUAUAACCCUGCGGUGGAGGCGAAGGGGUUUACUGAAGCCCAAGCUAAUAGUGUGAGGAGUAAGACGAAGUCUAGCGCUUGGGCGUUGCAGGAUACAGCGACCAAGGUUCAGUCGAGAUUUUAG